AUUUACAACAGGUACUUCUAGUUAAGCCAAGUUCAGCCACUGCUGCUGAUUUGGAUGAAAAUGUUAUGGGCAGUAACAGUGGAGAACAGCAUUAGAGACUGCUGUCAUCUCAAAGAGGCCUCCGCAUUCCGGAUCUCUAGCAGCCUCCAUUCCAGACUGGCUCAGUCUUCAAAGUAAAGGCGAUGGCAUUUUACCCUGUGCAAAUUGCUGGACUGGUGCUUGGGUUCCUCGGCAUGAUCGGGACUCUUGCCACCACCCUUCUGCCGCAGUGGAGAGUAUCAGCUUUUAUUGGCAGCAACAUUAUUGUCUUUGAAAGGCUCUGGGAAGGGCUCUGGAUGACCUGCGUCCGACAAGCCAGGGUCAGGUUGCAGUGCAAGUUCUAUAGUUCUUUACUGGCUCUCCCACCUGCCCUAGAAGCGGCCCGGGCCCUCAUGUGUGUGGCCGUUGCUCUCUCCUUGAUUGCUUUGGUUAUUGGCAUCUGUGGCAUGAAGCAGAUCCAGUGCACGGGAUCUAACGAGAGGACUAAAGCGUACCUUCUGGGAACGUCUGGAGUGCUCUUCAUCCUGACGGGCAUCUUCGUUCUGAUUCCGGUGUCCUGGACAGCCAAUAUCAUCAUCAGAGAUUUCUACAACCCAGCCAUCAACAUAGGUCGGAAACGAGAGCUGGGAGCAGCGCUUUUCCUCGGCUGGGCAAGCACCGCUGUCCUCUUCAUUGGAGGGAGUCUGCUAUGUGCGUUCUGCUGUUGCAACAGAAAGAAGCAAAGGCUUAGAUAUCCAGCCCCUGGACAUUUUGUGCCACACACAGAUAAGCGAAGGAACGUGACAAUGCUAAGUAGGACCUCCACCAGUUAUGUCUAAUGCUUACUUUGGGCUCAAACUACGGAUUAUGAUCAAUGUGUUUUAUAGAGUCCUGACGGAAGCUGUAAGUAUGUCAGGCAGGAGAACUUGCUUUAUAACUUCAUUUAAAUUGAGAUAAAAAGCAGAAAGGGCAUAUAGAUUGUAGUUUGUCACCUGUGGUAGGAAUAGAAAUGGCUUAAUUUGGACAUUCUGACCUCAUGUGUAUUAAAUGCAUUUGCUAUAUUAUUGGACUCAAAUAAUCCCCAUUCCAAUUUUUGUAGUCUAAAAUCAAAUAUAUCCACAAUCCUUAGUAUAAUGAUAGACUACUCUUUUUGACAAUCAUAUAUUAUCUGCUAAGAAACCCAAAGUAUAUUGAGAUUGAUAAUACAUGGCAAUAAGAUAUAUUCUAAAAUAUGACAUCAAUUAUUUUUCCUUCAAAUUAUUUCUUAUACUAACAUAGUAACAACUAAAAUGAUGAUUUUUUUUUCUUUUCUAAACAACCUGAAAAAUAACAGACAUCAAAUAAGGAUUUUUUAGUUGAGUUUAUCAAAUAUGGAAAUGACCACCCAAUGAAAAGAUUUGUUAUUCCUUUAGGAAACUCAAAUGUACUAGAAUAAACACUUAAGGAAAAUGGACCUCUUAUUUCUCUUAGGACAUUUAAGAAGAUGGAUUUUAAAGCAUCUAAUUUAUACAGUCAAACUUGCUUAGAAUUAUAUAUUCAAAGGAAAGUAAUUUAUAAGUGAAAAGUCGUAUGCUUUCACAACCUAUAAUUUUCAUUUACAAGCAAACGGAAGUAUCAGUCUUAACAAGGACAUCAAUGGAACCUACGAACACUCCUCAUACAAGAGGAAAUAUGGUCCUAACUAGGGGAUUGAGGUUUGGGUGUUGAAGGCAAUAGUUUCUCUUCCUUGUUUUAUUGUUUAGUCAUUAUACAGGUCUACACAUGCCAAGGAAAACGAAAAAUCAAGGUAAUGAUUCAGGCAAUUAGUCAGGCUAAAAUAAGUACCUCCUGUUUUUCUCUCUCGUAAGUACCUAGGUAUGGCUAAGGCAUUCUGCUUUGUUUGAAUUAUAUGUGUUAUUUUCUCAGUUUUCCACUUCCCGUGUAUACAUGCUAAUAUCAAGGUUAAAAAUGUGUGUAGGGGGUAGGAUGGGGACGAGUAGAGAGUGUUUGUGGAGCAAGGCUACUCCUAUGGGUUGCUUCUGAGCAUCUCUAAUAUCUUGCGAAUCAAUCAAUAUUUAUGCAUUCAUUUUUAACUCCUCAAAUAUUGUGUUUAUUAUAUAAUAAAAAUGUAUUUAAUUUACAGUAUAUAAUUUCAAUGAACAGAUUAAAUUAGUUCACCAAAU